AUGGCUUUAAAAGGACAAGACGAUUAUAUUUAUCUUUUCAAGGAUUCAACACAUCCAGUGGAUUUUCUGGAUGCAUUCAGAACAUUUUACUUGGAUGGAUUAUUUACUGAUAUUACCCUUCAAUGUCCUUCAGGCAUAAUCUUCCAUUGUCACCGAGCUGUUUUAGCUGCUUGCAGCAAUUAUUUUAAGGCAAUGUUCACAGCUGACAUGAAAGAAAAAUUUAAAAAUAAAAUAAAACUCUCUGGCAUCCACCAUGAUAUUCUGGAAGGCCUUGUAAAUUAUGCAUACACUUCCCAAAUUGAAAUAACUAAAAGAAAUGUUCAAAGCCUGCUUGAGGCAGCAGAUCUGCUACAGUUCCUUUCAGUAAAGAAGGCUUGUGAGCGGUUUUUGGUAAGGCACUUGGAUAUUGAUAAUUGUAUUGGAAUGCACUCCUUUGCAGAAUUUCAUGUGUGUCCAGAACUUGAGAAGGAAUCUCGAAGAAUUCUGUGUUCAAAGUUUAAGGAAGUGUGGCAACAAGAAGAAUUUCUGGAAAUCAGCCUUGAAAAGUUUCUCUUUAUCUUGUCCAGAAAGAAUCUCAGUGUUUGGAAAGAAGAAGCUAUCAUAGAACCAGUUAUUAAGUGGACUGCUCAUGAUGUAGAAAAUCGAAUUGAAUGCCUAUAUAAUCUACUGAGCUAUAUCAACAUUGAUAUAGAUCCAGUGUACUUAAAAACAGCCUUAGGCCUUCAAAGAAGCUGCCUGCUAACUGAAAAUAAGAUCCGCUCUCUAAUAUACAAUGCCUUGAAUCCCAUGCAUAAAGAGAUUUCCCAGAGAUCCACAGCCACAAUGUAUAUAAUUGGAGGCUAUUACUGGCAUCCUUUAUCAGAGGUUCACAUAUGGGAUCCUUUGACAAAUGUUUGGAUUCAGGGAGCAGAAAUACCAGAUUAUACCAGGGAGAGUUAUGGUGUUACGUGUUUAGGACCCAACAUUUACGUAACUGGGGGCUACAGGACGGAUAACAUAGAAGCUCUUGACACAGUGUGGAUCUAUAACAGUGAAAGUGAUGAAUGGACAGAAGGUUUGCCAAUGCUCAAUGCCAGGUAUUACCACUGUGCAGUCACCUUGGGUGGCUGUGUCUAUGCUUUAGGUGGUUACAGAAAAGGGGCUCCAGCAGAGGAGGCUGAAUUCUAUGAUCCAUUAAAAGAGAAAUGGAUUCCUAUUGCAAACAUGAUUAAAGGUGUGGGAAAUGCUACUGCCUGUGUCUUACAUGAUGUUAUCUACGUCAUUGGUGGCCACUGUGGCUACAGAGGAAGCUGCACCUAUGACAAGGUUCAGAGCUACAAUUCUGAUAUCAACGAAUGGAGCCUCAUCACCUCCAGUCCACAUCCAGAAUAUGGAUUGUGCUCAGUUCCGUUUGAAAAUAAGCUCUAUCUAGUCGGUGGACAAACUACAAUCACAGAAUGCUAUGACCCUGAACAAAAUGAAUGGAGAGAGAUAGCUCCCAUGAUGGAAAGGAGGAUGGAGUGCGGUGCCGUCAUCAUGAAUGGAUGUAUUUAUGUCACUGGAGGAUACUCCUACUCAAAGGGAACGUAUCUUCAGAGCAUUGAGAAAUAUGAUCCAGAUCUUAAUAAGUGGGAAAUAGUGGGUAAUCUUCCCAGUGCCAUGCGGUCUCAUGGGUGUGUUUGUGUGUAUAAUGUCUGA